AUGUCAAAUUUUGAGCAGUUUCAGUUCGACUUUUACCAGUCUAAUUAUACCAUAGAGGACCAGGAAGAAGGUUGUGACAGCUAUGGCUCAGACAAAAACCUCUGUGCAAGCAGACAGAGCCAGACAGACAAGCAGCCUGCGGCUGGGGCUUUUGUCCCAUCAGACAUGCUUCCGUCCCCCCACAGCUACACGGGGCAGAUUCUGCAGCCAGCGUACAGUCCUGACACUCCUCACCUUGGGUAUGUUGAUGGAUUUGACGAGGAGCCUCCUUUGCUAGAAGAACUUGGGAUCAAUUUUGAGCAUAUAUGGCAGAAAACAUUAACAGUUCUAAAUCCAAUGAAGCCUGCAGAUGGCAGCAUUAUGAACGAGACAGACCUCACUGGACCUAUGGUUUUCUGUUUGGCCCUUGGAGCAACAUUGCUGAUGGCAGGGAAAGUUCAUUUUGGCUACGUGUAUGGGAUGAGUGCCAUGGGGUGCCUUGCCAUGCAUGCCCUGCUGAACCUGAUGAGCGUCUCGGGAGUCUCGCACGGCUGCGUUGCCAGUGUCCUGGGCUACUGCCUGCUGCCCAUGGUCAUCCUGUCCUCUUGUGCAGUUGUCUUCUCACUGCAGGGGAUGCCAGGAACUGUGUUUGCCCUGUUUAUUAUUGGAUGGUGCAGUUUGUCAGCCUCCAAAAUUUUUACGUCUGCAUUGGCUAUGGAAGGACAGCAGCUCCUGAUUGCAUACCCAUGUGCUUUACUUUAUGGACUUUUUGCACUUCUAACAGUUUUCUGAGA